AUGAAUACCAAAGAAGAGACCCGAGACAAUAUGAUGUUACUCGGGCUCUCGGAGCACCUUUCCUCGCUUGUUGCACGACGAUUUACUGCAGCAAAGAAUGCUGGGUCGCUCGUCUUCUCGCAGACAGAGGUGACUUCGCUGCAGUCAUCUAGUAUUCCCUUCCAACUCAGAUACUGCCCUGCAUUGGCUGUGAAACCGACGAACAAAUCUCCGCAACCAGGGAGCACAACCACUGCCAAUGCCACGAAACCAAAGAAGAUUGACCCUUUUGAGAACCCUCAUACAGACCUUCUAAUAGCUCAGAUACCGGCCUCAGGUCCCACCCAUACCCUCGUUCUAAACAAAUUCCCUGUUAUCCCAAACCAUUUCAUCCUGGCAACAAAAGCCUUUAAACCGCAGACACACCUUCUGGAGGUGGACGAUCUCCAUGCAGCAUUUGCAUGCCUGAAGGAGUGGGAAAAGCCGGCGGGUGAGCUGUGCGGCGAUGAGAAUGUGCAAGUCGCAAAGAAACAGAAACGCCUCUUUGCCUUCUUUAAUUCUGGCGAGCAUAGUGGUGCAAGCCAGCCCCAUAGACAUCUGCAAUUCCUCCCAGUCGAGGACAUGCAUCAAGUUGAUGAUGUAGCGAAUUGGACACCAUUAAUUGAUGGCGAGAGCCUCACUGAGAAGGGAGAAACCUCGGAACUAUUGCAGCGGCCAAAACUGCCAUUCGUUACUUAUACCGCACCUUUAUCGCAUAAUUCAACCCCCGAGGAGUUGCAUCGAGCAUACCUUUCUUUGUAUGCAAUGGCAGUCACUGCGGCUGCUCAACAUUCGGAGGCACUGUUGCAGGGAAUUUCAGACUCGGGGUCACUUGGAACUGAGGGUGAAGCUGUGAUAAGCUACAACUUAGCUAUGACGACGUCAAGAAUGAUGAUUUGUCCUCGCAGGAGUGAGCACGCCUGGAUCCCGUUGGAAACGGAAGUCAAGGAAGGCCUUGUUGAUGAGGGCCUGGUGAAGCUUAAUGGGACCAUACUCGCAGGAACACUCAUGGUUAAAGCUGAAGCGGAGUGGAAUACCCUCAGACAGCAGCCAUCUAUGCUAGAAAAGGUACUCAGCACCGUUGGAAUACCGACCUAG